UCGGGAUUCCGAAGAAUCGCACACUCUGCCCUGCUUCACACUCCUCCCGUUCCCCCUUCAAGAAUCCCAAGUGCUCCUCCCUCUUUUCUUGCCCUUGCUGGGAGCGUGCUCGCUGGAGGAGCUGCCGUUGGUGGAAGGAGGGUUGGCGAGAUGGUGGUUCAUCCGGUUCUGGCUUGACCUCUUGGCUGCGAGGUUUGAUUGGUUUUUGGUAGACUAGUUGGUAGGAUUAGGAAGCAGUGGAGGAAAGGAUGAGCUUUAGUGCUGUAGACAUGGAGGAGGAGGGCGGCGCUGCGGCGGCGUCGGCAGCGGCAGAGGGGAUUCGGCGGCUACCGGCUGAGGUGAACUGGGAGAUGCUUGACAAGUCGCGGUUCUUCGUCCUCGGCGCGGCGCUCUUCUCGGGCGUAUCCGCGGCGCUGUACCCGGCCGUCGUGAUCAAGACACACCUUCAGGUGGCGCCGCCGCCGCAGGCGGCCACCGCGACUGCCGCCGCCAUCCUCCGGCGGGACGGCCUGAGAGGGUUCUACCGCGGGUUCGGCGCGUCGCUGGCCGGCACGGUGCCCGCGCGCGCGCUCUACAUGGCCGCGCUCGAGGCCACCAAGAGCUCGGUCGGACCAGCCGCCGUCCGGCUCGGCGUCUCCGAGCCCGCCGCGUCGGCAGCCGCCUCCGCGGCAGCGGGCGUCUCCGCCGCUGUCGCCGCGCAGGUCGUCUGGACCCCCGUCGACGUUAUAAGCCAGCGGCUCAUGGUCCAGACCUCAACCACCUGCCGCUACCGCGGCGGCGCGGACGCCUUCAAGAAGAUCCUCCUCGCCGACGGCGUUCGCGGCCUGUACCGUGGCUUCGGCCUCUCCAUCCUCACCUACGCGCCGUCCAACGCCGUGUGGUGGUCGUCCUACGCCAUGGCACAGCGCUUCCUCUGGCGCGUGGUCGGCGCCGACCGCUCCGAGAGCUACACGUCCCUGAUGGCCGUGCAGGGCGCGAGCGCCGCGGUGGCCGGCGCCGCGGCCGCGGUGGUGACCAUGCCGCUGGACACCAUCAAGACGCGCCUCCAGGUGAUGGAAGCCGACGCCGCGCGCCCCACGCUGGCGAGCACGGUGCGGGGGCUGCUCAAGGAAGGCGGGUGGGCGGCGUGCUACCGCGGGCUCGGGCCGAGGUGGGGUUCCAUGUCGCUGUCCGCGGCCACCAUGGUCACCACCUACGAGUUCCUGAAGCGGCUCUCGGCCAAGGAGGGCUCCUUCGAUUAGAUCCCUCAUCCUUAACCGUAGCAAUCGUCAAGUGACUCGACCGAAUCGUCCUCGAAGCGAUCGAUCUAUGGGUGGGUGCAUGGUUAAUUAGGAUUCUUGUACAUACUCAAGUUGUUUUUCGUUAUGGUGUUCUGUUCUUGAUCUGGUGCUAUAGAGGAAGGGCAGGAAGAAGCACUAGAACUAGAAGGGUCUUAGGAUGCCAAAUUUUGCCGGCUUUGUUCGCUGUGGCUAUGCUGCCGAUGAUGGUGAUGAUGAUGAUGAAAACUUCUGUGAAAUGAAGAAUUUUCAGUCAAAACUUCCGAUCA